GUCGGCUGGAACCCCAGGAUUUCCUGGAACGAGUCGUAAGAGGAGAUCUGGCUCCUGGCCCGAAUAAACUGCCAAAGCAGUCACUCUGGCCCACGUUCGCCAUUCUGCACUCGUAGGUAAACGAAGACAGGUGCCUCUGAAAAGUUCUUGUGAGGUUCUUGCAACGAUCGCUGACGAUGGCCAAACACGCCAAUCUCUGGUGCGUGUUUGCGUUGGUUGCAAUCAUCGCCGUAGGUGAGAUUCUGGCCUUCAGUAGGGGAGACGUCACUCUGGCCUGUAAUGCGAUGCGCCCAGGUCACCUUGGAUUUGGUGGGCAGUCGUCUCGGGCUCCCUACGGUAUUUACAUCACCGAAGAAGACGACGGGUCGUAUGUGGUGACCGUGUUCGGUGCAAACAAUGCCAAGUUCAAGGGAUUUAUGCUCCAGGCCCGGAACCCAGUCGACGACAGGCGCGUAGGAUCUUUCGUUACCGUGCAGAAAACAGGAAGGAUAAUUGACUGCUCGUAUCGAGGGGGUGCAGUGCAACACAACAAUAGCGAUGAUAAGACUCAAGUUUCUGCAAGAUGGAACCCCGGCCAGCACAAAGGAAAAGUGAGAUUUAGGGCGACAGUGGUUGAGUCCUACUUCACGUACUGGACAGGUAUCAUCCAAGAACACGAAGUGUGAUUGUACGUUUGGCGUCCUACGGGAAAAUAAUAGACUAAUAAAACAGUUAUGACAAUCACCCAGUAUACUGUAGGGAAAAUCAUGAUUUUUUCUUAAAAGACACAACUCUGUUGCCAGCUACUACUAUUUUCUUUUCCUUGUAUGCUGGGGUCAAUAAGAAGAAUUGUUGAACAUAUGUCUAACAACAAAUGAAU